UAUCAAACAGCAUACACUCACAAAUUCGACAACGAAGCUGUGACAAGACGUCUCUUCAUCGCGACCCUGCGAUGCUCUUGAGCAACUCUUGGAGAUGGCGCGCGUCAAAGCUAGCCAGGCCUGCGUUCUCCACUACCGUCCUAUGCGAGGUCGGAUGAGCUGAAAUAUGCUAGCCUCCUGCGCUUCUUGUUCCGUCCACGAUAAAACACUCGGCGAAGGCAAGUACUGAUGGCCUCUACUGACGAGAACAAGCAGGCCACUCUCGAAGCACAGCAGCUUGCCACUGACAUUUGGCUCAUCACGACCAGCGAACAAAACAGAGAAGACCUCUUUCGGAAAGCUGUUACUGCUCUUGCUCAUAGUCAGGAGGAAGCCUCUCUUAUCCUAAAGAACCUCACUCGGAUCGCUCCUGAGCUUGCAACCCAUUUCAGCCUCCGCACACCGGCCCAGAUCUACGACACGCCUUUCAGGAUAAUCUGCGCAGGCGACGAUGGCAAUUUCCCAUUCGCGCCAGGCCAGCCUGUGAGACAAUACCUGGCUGUGAGCUACUGCUGGCGCCACGAGGACAACGCCUGGCCAGAUGAUCGGUCUACCACUCAUUCGCCGUGGCCUUUCAGUAAGCCCUUCGUUGAUGCCAUACUGAACGAGAGAGGAGUGGACAGCGAAGAUGGGAGGAACGUGGCGUACAGACGAGAAUGCAUCUUUGUAGAUGCCAUAUGCAUCGACCAGACAAACGAGAACGAGAAGCAGGGCAGCAUCGCCAUGAUGGAUGUCGUCUACAAGAGUUGCCGCAAACUUAUCAUUCUGCUCGAAGAUGUGAUGUUCUCGGAUGAGGAAAUGGCAAUCGUCAACUGUAUCGACCAUGACCAGAUUGUCUCGGGCGUCCAAGGACUUGGUCAUACAGUCAAAGAUACAGAUUUACCGCUCCUGACUCGUGUCUGGCGCAAAGUCGAGGCAUCACGAUGGUGGGGAAGAUCCUGGUGCUGGCACGAGUUUGAGGUCAACGAGCCAUGGAAUGAUCUGCGAUGCAGCUUCUAUGCUCAUUGUGCUACUUUUGUUGUGCGAAACCCGACUCGCGGCACGUUCAAGAUCAAGUGGCUGCAACUACUUUUCAUACGCGCCAUAGCCGCGGGUCAUACCGCCACAGAAGAAGUCCACAGCACGGAAGAGUUGAGAGGCGAUUCUCGCUGGUCCAUCGCGGACAAUCGCAUCUCGCGCCAUGGAGAUGGACACGACCGCCGAGCAGGGAGUAAAAGAUCCAGCAUCAUGGCCCGCCUGUAUGUCAUCAACGACACCCGGUCCACUCUUACCACAGACCUGAUCCAGAUUGCUCUCAAUCUCAGCGGUCUGGCUCUAUACUACACCGGCAAGGCGCAAUUGACACGAGAGGAGGUAGCCUUCAUGAUCACCACGCUAGCCUUGUCUGCUGGCGAAAAGAGUCCUUUGACUCUCAUGAGAGAUAAGAUGCUGACGAUAGACGGCGAAGAAUCCUGGUUGUCUGCACAAGUUGCCGAAUUCGACUUCAGCGUCCCGAGCUUCGUGCUCGACGGAAUUACUGGUAUCCACUCGGUCACACCAAAAGCGAUCGAACUUGACCUCCUCUUCUUUGAGAGCCCGUCACUGUCGGUCUCGUCUAAGGAAGUGCAGUGGGCCUUCGAAAUCUUCCCUGAAAACCCUAUUGCGACUACACCUCCAACAUAUCGAGACGGCUUAUCGCGCUCGAUGCAGGUGUACGAUGAUACAUUGUGGGACACUCCUCGACGUACCUUCCUCGCGCAGGCGUGCAACUGUGGUCUCGACUUCAUCGUCCGGCUCUGGAAGCAGUUGGAGCGUGAAGUGGUGCACGAAUCAUACAACCAGGCCAUGUUCCAUCGAUUCGAAUCGAACGAAACACUGAGACCUUACGCAGAGCGGUUGGUGGAACUCCUGGCAAGCAACGCAAAGCAGACUGGGAAGGAACACCCGCUAUUUGAAAUUGUACUGCUCUUCCUCACAUGGCUCACGGAUCCGAGGUCAAUUUACUACAUUUCUGCCUUUUGUCUACGUAUCCCUUGCGCAAAGGACGACUAUGCACUCGCAAGCGGCAUCAUGCUACGCACUAUGGAAGGUAUUGAGGCAGACAAGCUCCGACUGGCUAUACCGACCGAUCUUAUUGGGACGAGUUGUCAAAUGUUCAGAGUAUGGGUCUUGCGACCGAAAGAUGAAAGUGAUUACGGGGAGUACAGGAUCGUUGGCAAGAUGCUCCUCCUGGGGGAACCUGCUCUCGUGCCAAAUGAGAUGCUUCGACUGGCGAGACGACAAGUGGUUACGGCUCGAAGUCAGUGAUCAUGAGAGGAAGUUGCGUGUCCAUGGAACGUUGCACAGAGCUUGACAGCUUCGCACACAGCUCAUGGUCGACUGUGGUGCAUAGAGCAUGCCAAGGCCUUCGCGUGCAUACGACUCCAGACUUGGGACUUCACAACAACCAGUAUCUAUCAAUCAGGAUCUCCGGAUGCAUCACGUCGAGUACCGGACUGAUAUCCUGAGCAAGUCUAUGGGCGAUACUGGCGACAUAUGUAUGCGGGCACACAUUUCGUCUGUGCGUCCACGUUUCCGAAAUAAGCUUCGGCGCUUGCGCAAGACUGCCGUCGUCCAAUCACAGCGCGGUAAUUCGCGACACAUCUACGAAGUGAAACACAACCAAGCGUGCUAUUGUUCGACACACGAAAAGAAGACAUUUCACAAGCGGCAACGUCAACUGCCUCCAUUGGCCCACGAUGCACACUGACCACUUCGCGAUGCUGAAAAUAUGGCCUCAACCCGGUCCUUCGACUCCAUACGUUUCUCUUCCUUGCGCGAUGCUCUCACGCAAGCGCGUCGACCUGCCCGCGACACUCUAUUCUCGACUGUGCUAGACCGCAUCUUGGCCGACCAGAACUUCACGCGGCAGCCGUCAGUGCGCUAUGCGCCAUCCGAUGCCUUCUCGUCGUCUUGGACUCCGUUUCGCCCCAAUCUACCAAGAUCCACACGUCGGCGCGACCAGAGCACAGUCGCACAUCUCGAGACACUCCCACGUGACGCGUCGUGAAUACGCCCUCACGCCUCAAAAGAGAAGUAGAGUCGCCAGUGAAGUUUCUUUGACCUCCUCCCCGUGUCGAUAGCGCGUCACUUUCUCUGCACAAUGGCUGGCCUUCUUUCUUGUACAUAGCCUUCUCAUUGUUGCGACGCCUAUUGUUCUGCACCUUUCUUUCACCCUCGACAAUAGCGCUGGCCGCCUCCAUUGUUGCGCUCCUCGUAUAAGAUUAUCGUCCCCCUCCCGCAUCAUUCCACCCGUCGUGCACUUUAGCAGAUUCGAAAACCGCUCUUCACUAUCC